AUGUCGCGAAACAGCAUGGUCGUGAUCCGAGACAAAGAAGGAAACCGCAUCGAACCACAUAGGAGGCCAUUAGAGAUGUGGCCAUUUCACCUUUGUUUGCUGUGGUUGGAAAAAGUGGUAGAUGAAAUGAGCAUAUUUGGGGUGACGGUGGAAGCAACCUUUCAGCCUUUCCUAUUAGUAAGAGCCGUUGGAUGUGACUGGCUGUCAACCGUUGAUUAA